AGUCAAAGCCUCCAAUCCAAGGACGAAAAAGUUUCUCUUCGAGGCGGUGUUUGUUAUUUAUCUGAAAUUAUCGAAUAAAACUUGAUAAAUCUUACAAGGAACUUAUUUUUCAUAUAUUUUUCUGCCACUGCUUCAUUUUCCUCCAACGUCAGUAAAUUUAAAAGUUUUCGCAAUGGAUCAAGUUAUAGCACAAGUCGCUCAAAACGUCGAAAAACAACUCGAUAAUGAACUUGAAAGAUUAGACGCACUGGACAAGGAUGAUAUUGAGGUGAUAAGGCAGCAACGUAUUGCUGAAAUGAAGAAGAGGGCAUCAAAGAAACAAGAAUGGAUGGCUAAUGGUCAUGGAGAGUACACAGAGAUAGGUGAUGAGAAAGAGUUCUUCACUGUCUGCAACAAGUCGGAGAAUGUGGUGUGUCACUUUUACAAGAGUGACACUCCGAGAUGUGCCAUUGUCGACAUGCACCUCAAACUGUUGGCCAAAAAGCACAUAGAGACCAGAUUUGUGAAGCUGGACGUUGAGAGGGCACCAUUCCUCACAGGACGUCUGAAGAUCAGAGUGAUCCCUACUAUUGGUUUGGUGAAGGAAAACAAGACAAAGGACUUCAUUGUUGGUUUCACAGAUCUUGGUAACAGGGAUGAUUUCACAACUGAAGUAUUGGAGUGGAGAAUUGCUAGAUCUGAUGUCAUUGAGUAUUCUGGGGACCUCACAGUGCCUCCGGCUGAGGCUCGGAAGCAGAAGAUUUUGCACAUUCAGAGCAAGAAAACUAUCAGGGGUAAACAGGACAGUGAUUCAGAUGAUUUUAGUGACUAGUUUUAGUAACUAUUCUUCUUUUUUAUAAUAUUAUAUUAUAUUAAAAAUAUGGAACAAAAUACUAUGGAACAUAAAAAUUGUUAUGUCACUUCAUACUAAUAAUGCAAGUACCUACUUUUAUGGAUGUUCUUAUUAAAUAUGCAUUUUAGUAUUCACUCUUUUUUAAGUACUCAGUAUUUUUAAUUAUUAGAUACCUAUAUCUCAUGCAUACUAUUUUAUACUUAUUUACAUUUUUAAAUUACUUGUUAAGUUGCUGCUACUUUGAAAGAAUAAAACAAUGUUUACAAUAAAUAACUAAAUAUCGAGCCUUAUUAGAAACUUAUUUAAAACUAAUGAAAUUUGCCCAGCUUGGCUUAUUAAAUCUUUAUGGUUUUUAUGUAAUAAAUUAUUUUUUAAUUCUA